UCUUCCACUCUCCCUAAAAACUCUACAACUUACAGAUAAAGAAAAGAACCUUCAAAUGGGAGGCCGAGUCAACCCUUCCACUCUUUGUUUUUGUCCUUCGCGAAGGUCCCUGAAUUUUUAAUCACAGAACUUUCCCAGAAGCCUAAAACCCCACACAAGCCUCCAAACUUUUCAUGCUAAUAAUCAAAGCUUGUGGGUUUUCCUCACUCAAUUGCGGGUUACGCAUGUUGGUCACCGUUAGGUGGUUGUAGAAACGCUCGAGCUUUCACACUGGGAAGAGGAAGAGGAAGAGGAAGAGGAAGAGGGAGGACGUGUGUUAGGACAUCAUCUUUGAUUCACGGGCUUCACUUUUUGCUGUUCUCAACUUGUUUACACUAGUUGGGUUUUCUUCUUGUCUUUUUUUUUUUUUGACAGAAACAGAGCUUUGAGGUUUGCUGUCAUGGGUUCCUGCUUUAGUUCUAGGAUCAAAGCUGAUAGCCCACUUCGUAAUGGGAACUCUAAUAGCAAGGUGUCAUCUGUCUCGGUGCCUUCAACUCCUCGAACAGAGGGUGAGAUCUUGAUGUCCUCCAACUUGAAGAACUUCUUCUUUAAUGAACUGAAAACAGCCACCAGGAACUUUCGUCCUGACAGUAUGGUGGGUGAAGGCGGGUUUGGUUGUGUGUUUAAGGGCUGGGUUGAUGAGAAUGCAUUAACAGCUGCAAAGCCUGGUACUGGAAUGGUUAUCGCUGUGAAGAGGCUUAACCAAGAAGGUCUCCAGGGUCACAAGGAAUGGUUGGCAGAAAUCAACUAUCUUGGACAGCUCCGACAUCCGAAUCUAGUGAAGCUGAUUGGUUAUUGCUUGGAGGAUGACCACCGGCUUUUGGUGUAUGAAUUCAUGCCUCGUGGCAGCUUGGACAAUCAUCUAUUUAGAAGGGCUUCUUACUUUCAACCACUUUCAUGGUCCCUUCGUAUGAAGAUUGCCCUUGGUGCUGCUAAGGGUCUAGCAUUUCUUCACAGUGAUGAGGCAAAAGUGAUCUAUCGGGACUUUAAAACUUCUAAUAUCCUGUUGGAUUCAGCCUACAAUGCCAAGCUCUCUGAUUUUGGAUUAGCUAAGGAUGGACCAGCAGGUGAUAGAAGCCAUGUCUCAACAAGGGUCAUGGGAACAUAUGGGUAUGCAGCUCCUGAGUACAUGGCCACAGGUCAUUUAACCGCCAAAAGUGAUGUGUAUAGUUUUGGGGUUGUUAUGCUUGAAAUGUUGUCUGGAAGACGAGCUGUGGACAAGAACCGGCCGACAGGGGAACACAGCUUAGUUGAAUGGGCCAAACCUUACCUUGCCAGCAAACGUAGAGUUCUCCAAGUUUUUGAUGCUCGUAUUGACGGCCAGUAUUCUGUAGCUGCAGCUCUUAAAGCUGUUAACCUUGCAAUUCGAUGCUUAUCAACAGAACCCAAGUUUAGGCCAAUCAUGAGUGAUGUGGUGAAAUCAUUGGAGCAGCUUCAGGAAACUGAAGACAUGGAGGGUCCAGGACCCUCUCAGAACGAACCUCGCCAAAAUCUCCCUGCCAGUUCAAGUAAUGGUCCCCAAAAUCGAAGGAGAAGUAUGAAUGAAUCCAGCAGUGCAAGAAAAGCUUCUCUUCACAGGCCAGCUGCUUCGCGCGGAAAUUCUUAAGACAUCCAUGCACGGUCUACUAUUACUUUCAUUGAUUCAAAUCAAGUAAAAUGGUGUUUCAUGCCAUAGAGGAGGGGAGAGCGAUGGAGAGAGAGGGAGGAGAACAAGGAGGGCAUAUAUAUAUUGAACACUGUAAUCUUGUAAUGAAUGUGUACUACAUAAUCGAUUAUUGUACAGCUUUUGUUCUGUGAA